AUGGACGAUAUAGGCCUUGAGGAGCUGGCGUUGGAGCUUUCAGAUCUUGAGGUGGCCGUUCUGUUGUGCCUGGUGGCCAGGGAGCAUUGUUUGAUCGAGACCACCAGCGAUAGUGUCCACGACGUGGCAAAAGAGCUGGCCUUGAUCUGUUCAAAUGUUUUCGGCCUGUCCUACGCCGUUCUGGACUGCUCUGCCGCCACGUCCUACGACGAUUUCACUAGAGAAAUACUUGCGCCAGAUGCCCGCCGAAGCGCGUUUGGGCAGUCUGCGCUCUCUUUAAUAACUGCGGAGCAGGCGAGUAAUUUCACAUUGCACGGCACCUACGACCAAGGGGAAAAUGCCAGGUCGCUGUUCCCCGGGUACUCCCUCGACCAGAGGAAGGUAGUCAACGUCGUGAUUGCAAAGAAUUUUAAUUAUGUCGAUGAGGACAUCCAAGCUCAAGCAUUAGAGCUUAUGCGAUCAAGGCAGAUUCUCACUGAGUCUGCCAUCCUAGAAGCGACGGAGGAAUUUGUUUUCAUCCCGAUCAUAACAGAACCCCCGGGCAAGGUUGUUCUGAACCAGCAUUUGAACGACCAUCUACUUAUUUCGCAUUUCCACGAUCCCCAGGAUGGAUACAUGCAUCUUGAAGAAGACCAAGAUUGGCUUUCGGACGCAUCCAUUGUGAAAAAGUCAGACCGGAAGCAGGCCGCUGAGUUUCGUAUCAGCAGGGAGGUGAGAACAUGGAGAGCAGACACCGCUGUACUAGAAACCUUCCGGCAAGAAAGUGACCGCGUCACGGUCACCGCACAGGUCACUCGAUACAUACAGGACAUUGUCGUCUUCCUACGCCUCAGUCGCGCCGUGGCGGGAGGAGUAUCCUCCAGGGCGAACAUGCAUCUGUUGCAAUUCUCAAAGCUUCUUGCUCCGCUCCACGGAGUUGACUACCUCACGCCCUCUCUCGUAGCCCUGGCGACGAAGAAGGUCUUCCGGCAUCGCCUUGCCAUUGCCCGCCCAGAAGAUGACCGUAGUCUACAGUAUGGAAGCGAUUUGCAGGCUGUAUCUCGCGUUCUGGAGGGUCUCGGCCCAGAAACGAUACUGGAUAAUGUGCUAUCUGAGAUUGAAGUGCCUUUAUGA